AUGAAGACUUCCAUGAGCAUCAUUGUCGUCUUCUUCAUUGUGACCUUCCUCGCCAUUUCUGCUGCUUCCUUAAGCCCCGAGGAAACUUGCAUACGAAGAAACAUCAAUAGAUCACAAGCACCAAGCUCUUCACUCGAACCCAAAACGUCGAUGUUCGACUCUCUUGUGGACAAGCUUUGCAGAGACACGGGUCGUUCGGUCAUGUUCUAUGUGAGGAUUAACGGAAAAUUCCCAUCUCACUAUGUGAAAGCAAUGUGCAAUGUUUUUGGAGAUGAUGAGAAGAAAGUGAAGGAGUAUGUUUUGAAGAAAUGGUUGGGAGGUUCGAAGCUCGUGUCUAAUUUAUCUUGUGAUUUUCAUUGGUGA